AUGAAGCGAUCUUCAAUUUUCACUCCAUCAAAUUCAUGGAAAUCAAAGAUGGAAAAGAGUAUAAUGCAAGAACUUCUUCCUCCUCUUGCUUUAUCUCCUUUACUUGGAGAUUUUCUAAUUCAUAGUACACCACUUUACGGAGUUUCCAAUAAUACCAUUAUGGAUGCUGCUUGGAAUACAUUUAAUGGCAAUGUAAUUACGUGGCUUCUUUCUAAAAAAGAUUCUCGUUAUUUAAUUCGUCAAGCAUUUGCAGGAUUAAAUAGAUAUCAUCGCUAUCAAACAACACGUUUGUUAUCUAUGUUAGAUUACUUGAUUUCGUUCAUUUUUACAAAGUCUAAUGUACCAAUUAAUUAUUUUUCAAUUGGUAACAGCAAAAAGCGAGCAGCUCGCCGUUUUACGCUAACAUGCCAGAGAAAUGAAGGUAUUUAUAAUGAAAAGAAAGAAUUAUAUUCGACAAUACUCAAAGCUUUCAGUAAUGAGCAAUAUACUGAGGAACUUGGUAAUGAGUCUAUCUUUUCUCAGUAUAUGUCAGCGAUUAAAGCUCUCAGAGAUAAUCAAGCCGAAAAUUAUGAAAUUCAUGGCGAAAUCACAAAACUUUUCGAGCAAGACUUUGGUGUUCCAUUUUCCUCUAUAUUCGAAUCAAUUUCUACGAAACCAACAAGAUCAUACAAUGGAAUUUUAACAUUCAACGGAACUAUCAAAGGAAACAUUCCUGUUUCUUUGACAACAUUCUUACCAGUACACAGUAGAUUGCAGACUAUUGAUUUAAUUCCAUACAAUAUUCGUCAUUUCUUUUUAAAUUACGUUUUUUAUUCCAGAAGCUUUGCAAACUACAGCGAUGCCGUGAAACAUCGCAUUUCCUUUUCACUCAAAGACGAAUCGAUGACUAGAAUUAAUUUAUUAAGUAAACUUGGAAUUAAUAUCGAAGGAUCUCCUCAAGAAAUCAUUGAAAAGGCUUCCAAACAUGACUUUCCAUUCGACAUCCCUGUUCCUAUUCCGAAAUUUACAAAUAACCGCUUUACGGUCACAUCUCAUAUUCCAUCUGAAUCUCCAAAGAUAAUUACUAAGGAAUGGGUAUCCAAACUUGCUGAAGGAACAGCUCGUGCCCUAUUUGAUUACAAUAUUUUGAUUCCAAACGUAUCAAGAUCAAAUAUUGUGGCAGAAAAAGGUCGAGUUUCACUUUCAAGGUUCUCAGGAAGCUUCAUUGCGGAACCAGACUUCAUUAAGAACGCUUCGAAGGUAUUUGUAUCCAAAAUUACAAAUAAUUCCAAAUUAUUAGAAGAAGUAAGCCACAACAUGAGGAUCAGACAGAAACAUUUAGAAUCAUUCAUUAAUGAACCAUCAUUUUAUACAUCUCUUCCACUUUUCAAGAAAUUUGGCCAAGAAACUUUAGGAACAGCUGAAUUGAUCAGCGGAUUGAUUAAUCACACAAGGAAUUCUGGAUUGGAUGCACAAGUUUUUGAACCUUUCGCUCAAAGAAUUUCAAAUAUUGUUGGUGAAUCAUUUAUUUCCUCAAAUCAAAUAAUCAAUUAUAUGAAUGAAUUUGUUGGCAUGAAAUUAGAAUGA